AUGCCUGCAGUCCUGAGCACCGGCGCAAUGCCAGAGGAGGAGCACAACAGUGACGAGAUGCUGGGUGACGCGGAAGGUGGAGAGGAGAACUACGAGGCGUUCGAAACCCCGGCAGCAGAAACCUACGCACACCUCCCAAAGCCCAACCGCGACAACGUCCACUUCUGCAUCCACGCCAUUGAGACCAGCCACGCCGAAUACCAGGACACCAUCAAUACCAUUGACGCAACAUUCGAAGCCCAAAGAGUCUCGCUAGACGAACAGCACAGCCGAACCAAAGCCCAGGAAGCCGCUUUCGAAAAGAGAGAAGGACUCUACAUUCGCUUGCCUACGAACCAAGCCGUGAACCUGGUUCACAACGCUUUGCUUGUGGAACAUGCGCAAGAACGCGUUCUCAUCGCGGAUAUGUUCAGGGCGGUCAAGAUUAGGAAGGUGGAUAUGAGAGCUGCGAGAACGGACGGGCUGAGGAAGGCCAAGGAGGUAUAUCUGAGGCAGCGCAAAACACUCAGCAAGCUGAUCGAGGGCCUGAGUGAUAUGGCUGGGAAUAUGAAGAAUGAGCGAGUGGUUGCUGAGCGGGGAGCUCGAGCUACUGGCGCAUCGGCAGCUAUCAGGUCGCCUGCUCCGGUCCCUCGCUCUCAAAGCACGGCGCAUGCACGCACGAUCGCUCCGUUGCCUGCCAUUCAGAUCAUUGAUGUGACAAGGUUGUCAGCCGUGAGGGGUUUCAACGGUAUGACUAGCGGGCCUAGGUACUCACCGGGCACUUCAGUAGCUACCUCUUCAGCUACAGCCCUCUCUACAGUUCAGAGACACAAACUCACAUCCACUAUCAAGGAUUUGAUUCGCAACUGCAUUACCGCCAAAGCAACCAGCGAGUCAAAUUAUGAAGUGGAGGGAGUCAAGUCUAAAAGGCAGUUCGUCGCGGACAAAAAGGCAUGGAAGACGAGCCAUGAGCUUUUGUGUUCUCACGGAGAUGACUUCAACGCAAGAGUAAUCUUCUUCAAUCGCUUGACAUCCUAUUUAAGCUCCUUGCGUCCUUACAUCACCCGCAUCGAAGGUGACGUGGAUAAGGAACUUCUCCUCUUGAAUGAAUGCAACAAGCAUUUGAACGGAGAACAAGCACGCAUUGAGGCAGAACGCAAAGAGCGGGGAGAUGAGGCUUACGAGCGCUGUGCCAAGGAGCGAGAAUGGCAGGAUAGGCAGUUGCACAGUCUUCGGUCCCUGGCCAAGACUGCAGGAAUCUCUCUUGACGAGUGA